AUGGCUUCUUCCCUGGCUGACCCGCAGGAACGCGCUCGCCUAAGAGGCAAGUACAAGCAAGCAGCGCGAUCCAUCAUCCAAGAGCUCCAGUCUCGGUCCAAGCCUGCCUACACGCACACUGAGCUCGCUCAAUUCCGAGUGUCUGUCCAAUCCAUCGACCCGGAGGAUCACAAAUUCACCGAUUCCGAAGCUUGUCUCUUCCCGCCACUCACCCAUGAAGAGCUUAAAACAUUCGUAAUCGACAAAAAAAGACUUUCUAAGGACGAGCAUCACUACAUCACCCAAUUCAAGGACACCCUUCAUGACAUCACAGACGCGAUUCCAAAGAAUUGCCAGGAGUGGGAAAGAGCUGGUCAAAUUCUAUUCUAUCUUGAGGUCUUCGAGUCGAAGGCCGAGAGGAAGAGUGGGAGAUUGAUAUCCUCAAUAGAGGACCUUUCGCAUUGGGAUCAUAUCAAGGCCGAGGACUCUUUCCUCGAGAAUCCAACAGGAAUGUUAUGGGGUUUUACAUGUGGACAUUCGAAGCCUCAGGAUCUUCCGAGAUGGAAUGCCUAUUCUACUUGCCAAUGGCUUGACGACCUUGAGGAUCCGAAGACCAGUCGCCCUCACAUCAAACUUAUAACUCUCACUGGUGCAAAGGCUAAAGAAAAUGAACUACUCCAUGGUGAAUUAGCGCCUAUUGCAAAUGCCCUCUACUGCCGUCUCGAACAGCCAGAAUUCAAGGAUACCUCACUCUUCCCGGUACUCGUCAUCUCGCUCUUUGGGCCAAGACACGGUCGUCUCCUACAGGCUAAAUUCGAUAACUCGGGUACCUUACUUGUCCGAUCCUCGCGGAUCUACAAUUUCAUAGACAGCGAUGAAAAGAUAAAGCGUUUCGUUCGCUACAACAAUUGCAAACCCCGAGAUGGUCCAGAAAUCGAGCCUGUUCUAGUUGAUGAGCAGUCGCUAUCUCCUGGCGUUCAACAUCAAGCCUCGCCCUUCGGAUCGAACAAAGAAAAUUGUUAG